UAAAUGGAGUAUCAGAGCAGAGCUUCUCCUCCUCUGUGCACUCCUGGCUCAUCCCCCUCCCCUCCACCACAUUUGGUCAGACAUGGCAGGCCAUCAGAAAAUCAACUUGUUCCCACUCCACCUGUUCAAAACACUAUUAAUCUGCUGCUGUCCAAUAAAAGGCUCAGCUCUCAGCGAGGAGCCAAUAAAACGCCGUAAAAGCUGCAAGACCCCGGCCAAUCCCAGGCUGCAUUCUAAUGUGGCCUAUCUUUAUCAAGGUGCCUCUCCAUUUCCACAUAUUUAUGAUUUUUGAGAAGAGAGACGGCAGCAGGGACAUUUUGUUUAGGAAAUUCUGAAUCUGGGGGGGUCACCUGAGACCUCAGAUAUGGGAUUAUUACAGAUUGCGAAUGGUUGAAAGGAGGUGCAGGGCGAGAGUGAAGAGCAUAUGCGCUGCUUCAUAAUUUCUGAUGUGGUAGAAACUUGAGUAUUUUGUUAAAAUUCAGAUUAUUGCUUUUCCUUAAAUUAAAAUAUCCAGGGACAGAAGUGUGAACCUUAAUCCAGACAUCCUCUGUGGGCGACUAAUUCCUCCUGGACCCAUCAGAGGUCUUUUCCUGGAUCUUACUGGAUGCGUUACUGAGACCUGGAGGCAGACUCACAGUCCUCCCCAUGGAUCCAAACAUCCAGGGGUCUUUCCUCUUCAACAACAGCCUGAACCAGUUCCCCUCGGACCUGAAGGCCCCGGUGUGUCAGUACUCAGUGCCAAACUCCUUCUACAAGCUGAACCCGGGCCUAAACAGCCAGCUGCAGGCAGGGACCCCGCAUGGCAUCAGUGACAUCCUGAGCCGCUCCAUGGUGGGGAUGGGUUCCACGGGCACCACCACCCUGCUGUCCGGAUACUCCACCAUGGGAGGGUUCGGACCCUCCGUCACCAGCACGUCCGUGUACUACAACCGAGACUACAACACCAACCUGGGCGGCUUCUCCAAACCGGGCGCUGAGUGCCCCAUGAAGGGUCGCAGUGUGAGCUGCUGGGCGGAGAGCAGCUGUGAGUGGAGAGGAGGGAGGCAGCAGUGCAGCAACAACAGUGAGUCUGCAGAAAACAUCCAUAUGUCAGGAAGGAAGAAACACACCAGACCCACAUUCAGCGGGCAUCAGAUCUUUGCUCUGGAGAAAACAUUCGAACAAACGAAGUACCUCGCCGGCCCUGAGAGAGCCAGACUGGCUUAUUCCCUGGGCAUGACAGAGUCACAGGUCAAGGUGUGGUUCCAGAACCGACGUACCAAGUGGCGGAAGAAGAGCGCCUCAGAGCCGAGCUCCACGCAGGUCAGCCUGGCGGGGCAGGGCGGUGAGGCCUCGGAGAACGAGGUGGAGGAUGAGGAGUACAACAGGCCCCUGGACCCGGACUCUGACGACGACAAGAUCCGGCUGCUGCUGCGCAAACACCGCAGGGCCUUCUCCGUCCUGCGGCUCGGGCCUCAUCACGUCUGAUACAUGCGCGCGCACUCAUCUGCAGCAGCUCUGCAUGAUUUGUUCAUUUUUGACCGCAAAGUUAAAACAAUGUGCAUUUAAGCAUGUUCAGCAGAGGUCAGCUAUGGUCACUCAGCAAAUGAGGGUUUAACAAACAAACAGGCAGUGUAAAAAUUAAGCUAAAGACUUUUAUAAGUUACUGUUGGAGUUCAUUUAUGGUCUUUUUAUUGUUACAGUUAAGGCUGUCAGCAUAAAUGCAUUAACAUUAUAAAUUAGUGCAUUCAUUUUUUAAUCAUGAUAAAUGGUGUGCUUUAUUGUUCCUCUCAGUGCAAGUCCAAGACCGUCUCAGAAGCCCCCUGUUGCAGAAACCCUGUUACUGAAUGGAAAUACGCACUAAAACUUUCAAAAAUAAAAUCAGAUUAAACUUUUAGGAUCAAGGUAAGGGUUGGAAUACCAAAAGCCUGGCCUGCAAAACCUGUUUACAAAAUGUUUAAUAAAGCCGAGUUAACAGUCUGCUUACAGGAAAAAGCAUUCUAACUUAGCAAGCUUAGCUUACAUAACUCUGUUAGCAGCGUAAGCUACGUAGCUAAUGUAGCCAAAGCCCUGCUCACAAAAUACAUUGAUAUCAGUGAUGCUACUGUUAGCUGCAUAAGCUUUGGCUAUGUUUGCUAAGACUCAUGUUGCUAAAGCUAACAGCUACAUUGGUUUACAUAGCAAUGUUAGCUUUAGCUACAUUGCUGAAGCUCAUGUUGCUUAAGAUGUCUUAUCUACAUUGGCUUAUGUAACAACACAAGUACUUAGCUGUAGAUGUUAACUUUAGGUAAAGUUAAAAUAGCUAAAGUUAGCCACUGUUCAUCUAACUACUUCUAAAACGGGUCUGUACAUAAUUCAAUCCCAGAUUAGGCCUCUGACCUUUUUCUCUGUUUCAUUUAUGAAAUGUUGGUCUGUAAUGUUUGCAAUAAAGCUGUCAGGGUUCAUCACCAUUAACCACCAUCCACAAUUGGCUCACUAUUUUUUUUUUUAAUUUGAUUAAUCACAUGCAUAUUUUUGCUUUUAACAGGCAUGAUUAAGUCACUGCAGCAUCUCCCUGUCAUGUAAAAUAAGUCCACCACUGCUCUUUAAUGACUUAUUUUAAUUUAAAAAAACUCACAGAGCUCAGUUAUCUUUUUACUGUUCAAAAUCUUCAACCUACCUAUAAAGGUGGCUCUGUAUUAAAACUGGAAGUCGGUUACCCUUAAGUUAAGGAAAGUAGAAAAAUUCAAAAUGAAACAAAAACAGUUAUUAAUUUAAAAAAAAAUUAAUUUAUGGAACACAACAAAAAGGUGUUUAAUCGCAAUUAACUAGCUGAAUCCUGAUAUUGGUCGCAAUUGAAAAUGUUAGUCUUUUGACAGCCCUAGUUUGCAAUGUGUUUAUUUCAUUAAUUUAAUUGCCAGUCUUUGUUUAUGAAUCAAGUUGAAAUUUAAAAAAAUCUAAAACUGUAAAUAUAUUGUGGCAAGAGGGGUGUCUGAGAUCUACAGUCUGCAGCCAGACCCUUUUCCAAUGAUUAAGCCUCUGUACAUCUUUCUGCUACUUAAAGUGGUGGUCAGAGGUCAUCUUUACCUUGUGUUAUCAAACAUUUACAUUUUUACUGUUCUCUUAUUUAAUUUUCAAUCCAUAUCAGGUUCCUUUUUUCUAUCAUUAUGCACACUCUGUCCAGAGUUCCUAUUUAUUUAUUUAUUUUCCAGAAUAAAAGCAGAUCUGUAUCCAAACAGGAAGUCGGUUACCCUGAGUUUAAGACAGUACAAAAUGCAACAAAAAAAAAAAAAACCUUGAUAUUGAAAUGCAACAAAGAGUGGAGAUUAAUUAUGAGAUUAAUUGUGAUUAAAAAAAUCUAAUUGUUUGACAGCCCUAGUUACAGUAUGUUGGAGGACUGUUAUUUUGUAUUUAACAAGGAAAUUACAUAAACACUGCAUGGUGCUACUAAUAAAUUAUGAGUUAUCUGAACUUUUUCAUGUUGUCUUGUUUCACAUUAUGAAAUUAAAUGAUUAUUUUGUGCUUGUUUGAAUAAAAUCAUUUUGAAAACCACAUCAAGUGACAUACAAAGCUUAAUUAGCUUGUUUUAAACAUCAGCAUUAAUCUAACCAGGAAAGCCUCAUUGAG